AUGAAGCUUCAAGGUGUGCAAAGAGUGCUACGGGGACGUUUGUCCCAUGCCCACCGCACCUCACCGCUGUUGGAGCUGCGCACCAGCAAGAGGCGUAAUGGUCCAGUCUGCUUCCAAAAGGAUCUCACCAAGGAGGAGAAGCGCAAAUGGAAGCAGAAGCAGGUUGAGACCAUUGAGGCAAAGCUGGCCGCUGCUAAGGACGCUUUUGCUACUUGCUCGAGCAACAUGCAGCUGCGCCAAGAUCUGCAUGACCUUUGGACCAAACAGCAAGGAGGACUGCAAGAUGGCUCCCUUUCUUUGCGGGAUGCAAUCAAUGCUUGGCUGUCUCUGCAGGGCAUCAAAUUGGUGUGCCAGGACAUCUGGCGAGAGCGCCUUGAGCCCAGCAAGGAUCUCUUGAUUGCAAUUGAUGGUGGAAGAUUCUUGCCCAGCAAGCUUAACUUGACCACGUUGCAGGAUGAUUUGCAAGACGGCAAGGCGCAAUUCUACUGGCAUGCAAGAAAGAUCUUGCCAGAUGACGAGGCUUGUGCUCAAUUUGCAAUGAGCUUCCCGCAGAGCACGCUUGCGCCAAUCAUUGUCGAGGAAGAGGAAGCUGCUGUUGGUCGCACCGGCAACUACUUUGGUUACACCAGCAGGGUCACCCCAGAAGAGCGUGCUGAAGCGGACGCAAGAGCUGAAAAGAGCACCCUGAUGCUCAACUUCUUGUCGACACUGGAGGUCACGGAUGCGCACUUCGAGGUAUUCAGUCUGCCCACGCUUGCCAUCGACUUGGGUCUGCAAGGGCCAGCGCAGGAGGAAGAUUUGCCCAGUGAGGAGUGCAAGGCCUUGCUCAACAAAGACUUGCUAGGGUUCCUUGAUGAGGCCAGCAAGACGCACGGUGCAAGUCACAUUGACACUCUCGUCAAGAAGCUUGCAAGGAACACCUUCAAGGCAAAGUCUGUGGAAGGCAAGGGCCAAGUUGCUGCACUGAGGACAGCUGCACCGCAAGCCCCUGAUGGUGAUGCAUGCCUUGAGCUGGUACCUGCCAUUGGCAUUGUCAAGCGAGUGCUCAUCAACCUUGGCCCUCCGUUAAGAUCAUUCAACUUGGUCACUUGA